UCCAGUAGUUGAGCGAGCCGACAUUACCAGUACAAACUGACCCAUACAGAAGGCUAAGGCUUACUGCUUACUGUCUCAGACAUGAUGAACCAGGCACUCUGGAAAACUUACAAGAGCAAAGUGUUGAAAACAUUUGGUUCUGAUCAGGAAGAUGAAGAGGACUAUAAAGAACAGGCCAAUGACAAUGAAGAUACUGUGGAAAGUUCAGACAUGACAGAGGAAAAAUCAAGUUCAGUGUCCGUAUUUGCGCAAAAGAUGCAGGGAGCUGGUGCAAAGGGCUGGCGGACUGUGUCAUCUUUGUUCAGCAAAGAUGAUGACCAGAAACUGCUGACUUCAGAAAGCAACAUACCUCAAGCAGAUCACCCUCUUGCAGCAAAACCUGAAGAAGAUAAAUUCCAGCAGAAGAGGGGUGGAUUCUGGGAUAUCUUUGCUGCAAAGUGGCAGCAGACAUCGGCCACAAAUCAGAAUGCAGCACAAUCACAGUAUGGUGAGAAUGUAGCCGAGUGUAGUGGUGAGAUGACCGAUGGCCAAAAUGAGAAUUUAGACUAUUCUGAGAACUCCAGUGACUUAAGGGACAUGGAGGACACUGGGUUCAAGUGGGGAUUUCUUACUAGCAAAUUAGCAGAACUGAAGAGUAGAAAUCUUCCAAAAAGUAACUAGAACAAUACGCAAUGCAGAAGUACAGAAAAAAAACGUUUUUUUUUCAUUUAACUUUAAAUUAUGAUUUUUACUCAGUAAAGUAAGAUUUUUAAGUCUGGUUUAAAAGUAACCAUAAGAAGACUGAAAACUUAGUUGAGAUGAAAUGAUUGUGUAUGCACUGCAUUUGUUUCAUUUCUAAUUCUCUUGGUCAAUUCAGUUUUGAGUCAUUUCUCUAAGAUAUGGUGUCCUUAUAUGUAGUAUAGAAACCAGAAUAGCACUAUGAAACAUAAGAGUUUUGAAAAAUUUGUCACAUACAUCCUUUCUUCUAGCAUACCCACUGUUACUUCAGAUGUGGAAAUGAGGCAGACUCUUGUGAGACAGUAAUAAGGAGAACAAUAUACAUUCUGAAGUACCAAAUGCAAAUACUUCUGACAUUCACAAAAUUCAGCUAUAAAGACAAAUAGUUACUAGAACAGCAUGCAGUUUAAAUAUGUUAUACACUUCUUUGAUACCCAGUAUGACCUGGAAUCUCUAAAUUAGAAAGUGAAACCUGUAAGGUAAAAUAAUUAAGAUAAUUUUUAAAGUGGUACAUCUGAGAGAUGAGGUCAUGACACACGAGUAUGUUAUGGUAUCUGCUCUGCUUAGAAAAGUAGUCAUGAAACAAAGCUGGCUAUUGGUAAAAGUGCAAUAUAACAACACAGAAUGGUAUCAAGGUAUUCAGAAGUGAAAUAUGAACCUUCAGAGAAGAUUCUCUGAGCAGGAGGUUUAAUGUAGCGGUUUACAUAAAAACAGUGGGUAGUUCAUUAUUUUUCUUCUUAUAAAAUCCUACAUCACUGGAACGGUCUUCAGUACAAUUCGCCUCAUUAAAAACAAUGACAGCUAAUAUUUUGGCCUAAGAUUGCCAUUAGAUUGACAGUUGCAUGCAUUAAAAUGUUGGCUGCAGUAUAUAUGAAAAUAUUGCUUACCGUCUAGUAGUUUAGGUAAUCUAUAGUUUGUCAUCGUCUUUAUGUGCACUUCUAAGAAUGAGCACCAUUUUGUUCAGUAGGUGUAUAUAAUGCGUGUUGCAUGUAUAUCAUACUGUUUCUACACACAUAUACAAACACACAGACACACACACACACAUACACACACACACACACACACACACACACACA